AUGGAGGAAGGUCUUUCCAUAGACUUCAUCUUGGAUGGUGGACUGGUUGAUGCCUCGCGCCGCUGUCAGUGUGUAGUGUCCGCGACGGGAAGAAUUACCAUCACCGCCCAAAGGGGCAAAUUGGCCGGGAAACUCUCGGCACUGCUGUUUAUCCGCCGUGACGAGCUUGCCGCAAAUGGUUGUCUGUCAAACAUGUCAAACUCGACAUGCGUGAGCGACGCUGAUUCGAUCCCCGAGGGGUUGGCAGGCGCAAUUGUGGGGAUUUCCCCGCACGGAGAGACUUUCCGCCUCCGCGUAAACGCAGCUAGAAAUUCUCUCCGCAUCUUCUCCCUCCAUCAACCCCAGUGGGAUGUUGUCGCGGCCGAGGAGAAGUCGUUUGGUGGCAGGGUGCCCCCAGUCAACGGUGUCGCACUGAUUUCGCCAGCUCGACACCUUAAAUGCGAUGUUCAAUCGAAAGUCUGCCGACAUUGUCGUGAUGCCGGCGUUGAAUGCAACCGAACAUCGGUUCGAUUCCGGGAGGGGUUGACACUGUCUCAGGAGCCGGGAAUUGCAUUUCCAGGCCAAGAAAGUUGGCCAAAGCUUCAAGGCAGAGUUCGUUUCCACGACGAGACGCCUGAGAUCACCAGUCUUUACGUAGAAGCCCCAGAAAAUCCCGCCCCUCAGUUCUGCAAUUUCGACUAUUUUGAUGCGGAAGAUGAACAAACACAUGCUAUCUCUGCGACCUCAGAAACGGAUGCGCAACAACACCGAAUUCAUAGCCCCCUGCCUGAGUGCUCGCCGGGCCUCAUUGCUGAGCACUCUCCUGCUACGCUAUCCGUACACACCGCGACCUCAUCCAGAUCACGAUCGAGCUACAAUCCUAUACACAGAUUUACCGAGCGAGAAGCAAUCUUGUUAAGAAACUUUGUCGAGAAUAUGGCUCUUUGGGCCGACAUCACGGACCCGCAACGGCAUUUCAAGACAGAAGUACCCGCACGCACACUCAAGGACCCUGUUCUCCGAUAUGCAGUUCUCGCAUUCUCUUCGCGGCAUCUGAACAGACAGAACGCAGACGAUGCAACGGAGGCACUGAUGUACCACAAUCACUGCGUACAGCUGUUGAUUCCUGCAAUGUCAGAGCCGGAGUAUUAUAUUACAGAAGAUAUUCUUGCGGCAGUUGCUAUUCUACGGCAACAUGAAGAAAUGGAUGGUAGUUCAAUCGGAAAGCUCGUCAAGAAGAAAGGAGCUAACCUUAUUCCUUCGAUAGGCGAUGAUAACCAGUUUCACUUGACUGGUACAACCCAUAUUUUGAAUACCAUCUCAACAUUUGGCUCCUCGGGUGGACUCGGCGAGGCCGCUGCCUGGCUAUGCCUGCGUCAGGAUAUCUAUAUUUCACUGACCACGCAACAGCCACUCCGAACUAACCUUCAAAGCUUCCUCGAUUCUACUGUCUUCGACAGAGACGAUGACUUUGCAUGGUCUAGCAAAAUGGUUUUCCUGCUAGCUAAAGCUCUCCAGGGUGCCUUCUGUGCCGACUCAGACUUCAAUAAAACCGACAACGAAAUCCAGGAAUGGUUCGAUUCAAAGCCACACACAUUUGAGCCAAUUCAGGUGGCCCCAUGUGGACCUGAGUUAGAUCGACGCUUUCCAACAAUAUGGAUGCUAUUACCAGUCCACGUGAUCGGUUUACAAUACUAUCAUAUGGCCAAGAUUGUCCUGGCUCUUUCAAAGAGCUUGAAGACCUCGUCGACUUAUGAGAAUCUUCGGCAGUCUCGAUUAAUUGAAAAAAAUAUGCGGCAUCAUCUGCUAACAGUUCUGGGUCUGGCAAAAUCGAAUUCUAAAGCCGAAAACACGCUGUUCACCGCGCGACACAGUCUUGUGGCAUGGGGAUGGGUCCUCCGAAGCCGUGGCGAUCAAGAAGCUGCGGAGUCCCUAUUGCGGGACAUGCAUGCAAGAACAGGGUGGAAUAUGGAAACAUUGAUCGGGUCACUACGCGAGCAAUGGAAUGAGGAAUACGAUGACACGUAG